GGAGGAAGUGAGGAAGAGUUCAGUCCGAAGGCUUUGAAAUCACGCAAAGUCAAACACCUGUUCUCAUACAAAAUUACGCUAACAGAAGACUGGUAACGAGUGUGAAAUGAAUGAAAACUAGAUUGGUGGUUCGGAUAAACAUGCGUGUAAGUUUGAACUCACUGACAAUGAGCGAGUUCUUACAAUGGACACAUGCUUAAAAAAGUGACACGACACAGAGCACAAACGUCGAUCGUUGAUUUUUUCAGAGGAGCUCUGUAUCGAAUGUAAACAGAAACAACUGAGAACUGCUUUAUCAUGUUUAGAGUUGCUGAAUGAGAGUGUAAUAAUGAUGGAUCAUGACACUCAGUGGCUGUACCAGCUCCUUGCAGAAGUGCAGCUGGAGAGAUUCUACCUAAGGAUGCGUGACGGACUCAAUGUGACACAUAUUGAGCACCUGAACUAUGUUAAAGAAGCAGAUCUUGAACAGAUUGGCAUUAGUAAACCAGGACAGCGACGACUAUGGGAAGCUGCCAAACGUUAUAAAACCAACAUGCGACCACGUUCAUGGAUGACCAAGAUCUUCAAUGGUCGCACCCCAGAGGGAAGUGACCAAUUAAAUGCUGUUGGACCCAGCCAGGGGCCAGACACAGGGCGUGCUCUCACCUGUCUUAUCCAGGACAGUGAACUGAUCUUUGGGGAGAAGCUGGGCUCAGGCUCCUUUGGAGUUGUUAGGAAAGCAGAAUGGCACACGGCUACUGGACGAGGGCUGCAUGUAGCAGUAAAAACCUUAAGGGGUGGAUCAUCCAGACAGGUAGACAUGGUGGCCGAUUUCCUUCAGGAAGUUACGACCAUGCAAUCCCUGGAUCAUCCCAACAUUAUACGCCUCUAUGGUGUUGUCCUUACUCAACCACUUAAAAUGGUAACGGAGCUGGCUCCAUUUGGUUCUUUAUAUGACACACUACGCCUUCGACAGAGAGAAUACUCUCUUUCACGACUCUGGCUAUUCAGCACACAGAUUGCUGCAGGUAUGGCGUACUUAGAGUCAAGACGCUUCAUCCACAGAGACCUGGCUGCCCGGAAUGUGCUCUUGGCUUCUAGAGAUCACGUGAAGAUUGGAGACUUUGGAUUGAUGAGAGGCUUGGAUCAGGACAGAGACCACUACGUCAUGACAGCACACAGACGCAUACCCUUUGCAUGGUGUGCCCCUGAGAGCUUACGCGUGGGUUCUUUCUCUCAUGCCUCAGAUGUCUGGAUGUUUGGUAUCACAUUGUGGGAAAUGUUCACUUAUUGUGAGGAGCCCUGGCUGGGGCUCUCUGGCAGACAGAUCCUGUAUUGUGUAGAGCGGGGUGAUCGGUUGGAGAGGCCUCCAGACUGUCCACUGGAGUUGUAUUCUGUGAUGCGUAAAUGUUGGGCUUGCAAUUCUACUGACCGACCGACCUUCUCACAGCUAACCACCAUGGUUGCAGAGGCACAGCCUAUGGAGGUUCGUGCAGUGAAAGACUUUACAGAGCCCAGAAAACUCUCUCUACAGGCAAAUGAUCUAGUGACCGUAAUAGACCAUGGGCUGGAAAUGAAUGAGUGGAAGGGGCAAAACCAGAGAACUCUCAGUGUUGCCUUGUUUCCCCCUGCAUUGGCAGCCCCCUCUCUCACAGCAGUAGGUCUGGGGCCUGGUCCUGGUCUUAUCUCUCCCCCUGUUAGAGGUAGGCUGCAGCACACUGGCCAUGGAGACACUGACCCAGGACGCAGCUGGGGGACACCAGAACGAAUAGAUGACCCCGGAAGUUUGAGGAUUCCAUUAGGAAGAGAGAAGGAAGGCUCCAAUCUAAAGAAAAUGGAAGGCAUGUCAAAGAGUCUGGAGUCCGUCCUUGGUCUUUCACAUGUCAAAGGUCGAUCUGGUGGGAGUGUUGCUCAAAGAACCGAUAACCGCAGACCCAUACAGGGUCAACUGGUCCAAGACCCCCGCAGAUUUAGUGAUGCUGUUGUCGUCACGCCACCACGGCCACCACCCCCCAACUUCAAACGCAUCAAACCCCAGAUGAUGAUGCAUGAUCGGAGACUAGGAAACCCAGCCACUGGUGCCUGGACCCCUCCAUCUCAACCUCACCUACAGCAACAGUUCCAACAACAACCACAGCAACCAUUUUUAAUGGCUAACAACCUUGCCAGAAUGGCCCAAUUAGCCAAGUCAAGCCCUCAGUUAGAUGAUGGCUUUGAGGAAGAGAAGGAGAGAGAGAGGGAGCAAGAGAAAGAAAGAGAGCGCCAGAAAGCAAAGGAGAGGUACCCACCACAAGUAGACAAGGAGGCGCUCAUAGCACAAGUUCAGGUGGCGGUACAUGGAGUGACCAGAGAAGAGGUACAGAGAGCUCUGCAUCGCAAUGACUGGAAUCCUACACGAGCUGAACAACAUCUUAAGACAGACCAGCUGUACUACAUGAAUCAGUGCUCCCGUGAGGAAUGUCAAAAAAUCCUGGCCCGCUACAACUGGGACCUGCAAACGGCUGGCCGUUACCUCUUUCGUCUGGUCAAAGACAGGACCAGAGAGACUGCACAGGAAAGACGAUGAGAACGAUUUUAACGAAAGACUAUGGGAACUACAAAAUGCAGAUGUCAGGAGGAUCAGUGCUUCAUAUCACUGAAUAAUGCCUUGAGGUCACAAAAAUCCAAGAUGCCAUAAAACCUGUGAACACUUUUAAAGCUACCUGCAGUUUUGCAAGAUGAAAGCAUUUAUAGUGACUCUGUGUUGCCCCUGGUGUGCUUGAUGAUUCAAUUGGUGACAUCAAUUAAGUCAAAGGUGCAGUUUUGGCCACAAAAACUCUUAAAAACAAAAACAAUAGCAGCCUAAUCAUUCUCAUUAAACAGUAAAUGACGCCAUUCCUGAUGCCAUUGUGACUGCUUAUUGGCAGUUUACAAUUUUUGUAUGCAAACAGAUUUGUAAAAUUUUCACUGCAUCUGAUAAUUCCAGAGAAACUGUAAAUAUAUGAUGAAUAUGUAUAUAAUAUAUAUAUAUAUAUAGUUAUGACUGUUUGUAGCUGUUUAAUAAAGUAAAAAAAAAUAUGUAUAUUUUUGAGGAUAUCAUGCAAUAAUUAUAUGCAAGCAUUUUCUGUUGCUGCCUGUUUUGCAUUCCCACUCUGAAAGCCACAAAAUGUUUCUUGCACUACAGACCAACCUAGACCACUUUACAGCUCCUAAAGUUAUUAAAGAAUUUAGGCAGAUAAACUCUUUUAAAGCAGAUUCAUCAGAUCAAGUUAGAUUUAUAGAUGUAACAUUUGGGUUUGCUGCAUUUAUCUGUUAUAUGUAACAAUCUAAAGAUACAGAAAGACAUAUACUGGCUCAUCAGGCCUUUAAUGAAACCAUUUCCAAAUUUUUGGAAGGCAGGCUUAUUAGGGAAGUCCAAGCACCAACUGUAAGGUGGAAAUGUAGUCUACAUUUAUUGUAAGGACAUAUUGAAAAAUGCUUACAUUUGCACAGAGAUUAAAACAUUUCUUUAGAAUGUUCAAAAUACUGUUUUCUAGCAGCUGUGAUGUACUAGCAUGGCAUUAAAACUUUUUAAAUUUUAAAUUGUACAAAUA